GAGACGUGGCAUAACAAGUUGGAGGAAGUUAACAGUGAACACAACUCGAAAUACGAUUCAAGUGAUUUACAUUUCUACCAGUAUAUGUUAGAAGAGGGCAGUUGUCCAUUUCCGAAGUACAGGUCAGGCCAUGGGUCUGUGCAAAUGUCCUAAGAGAAAGGUGACCAAUCUGUUCUGCUUCGAACACCGGGUCAAUGUGUGCGAACACUGCCUCGUCUCCAACCAUAGCAAGUGCAUAGUGCAGUCGUACCUACAGUGGCUCCAGGAUAGUGACUACAACCCAAACUGUCGCUUGUGCUCCACGCCACUGGCUUCCCAGGAUACGGUUAGGCUGGUGUGUUAUGAUUUAUUCCACUGGUCUUGUUUGAAUGAGCUGGCAACCCGGCUGCCCUUGCACACCGCACCUGCUGGAUACCAGUGCCCCUCUUGCCAGGGGCCUGUGUUCCCACCCUCCAACCUGGCAAGCCCUGUUGCCGAUGUGCUUAGGGAACAACUGUCCUCGGUGAACUGGGCCAGAGCUGGCCUGGGAUUGCCAUUGAUUGAAGAAACAGGCAAUUCACAAGAAAACACAUCAUUUGAUGUCACUGACUACAACAAUUGGUCAUCCUUUGAUGCAUCUGCGGCGCAGACAGCCAGCACUUCAUCCAACCAGUCCUUCAUCUCGCAUCCAGAAUCAUCUCCAGCUCCUGCUCAGACACAAUUUGCCACCUCUGCUAACAACGGGAGCCUGGUUUCUCAGGGCCAUGCCGUCAUUAGUAUGAGUGGAGCUCCAGCAAAUGAUUCCAUCACGAUUCACACAGCCUCUUCACCACGAAAGGUCUAUGACACUCGAGACUCUGCACAAUCAUCUGUGACACAGAUUGACUUUGAUGAUGACAAGUAUCGCCGCCGACCAGCGCUGAGCUGGUUUGCACAGAUCUUGAAGAAUCGGUCUGGUUCCAAGAGAACAUCCUUAAGCCUGAAGCAGCGAUUCCUGCUUAUCCUGUUGCUUGGCACAUUGGGGUUCUUCACCCUCAUCAGCAUCAUGUCAAAGCUAGGAAGAGCUUCAGCUGAUGCUGACCCCAACCUGGAUCCCCGGCUGAAUCCACACAUUCAUGUGGGAAAGAACUAAAUGGUUCCAGUCUAUGGAAUAUUGGUAGAAAGAAAACCAGGCUGUUUGUUAUAAAAGAAAAACUUUUGAUCUGGAGGUUACAUCUAGACAGCGGGACCAAGGGACUCCUACUGCUACUAUAUUUAUUCUCUGGAGGUGUAAUGUAGUUCAGAAGCCUUUUCACUUUGCCCUUGGGUAAAAAGUACCACCCCAGUUUGCUGAGUGUGGAAGCCGCCUGAUGAGGUGUGGGGGUUUUUUUUUUUUUUUUUUUUUUU